AUGGAAAUAUCUAAAGUUGAUGAAAAAUUAUCACAAGUUUUAAAAUUAUUUUUGCUAGCAGAUUAUAGUAUUACUUCGACAACUUAUUUAGAUUUAUUGUUAACACACAUCGCCAAUUCAAUAUCUAAAUCUGAUAAUCAAUGUAAAUUAAUAAAAGAUUACAUUGAAAAAGGAUGUGAAAUUUGGAUAAAUAGUAAACCAUGUCAACCAGUUAUUGUAUUUACAAUUAAAUUAGUUGGAGUAUUGGGAAAAACUAAAUAUUAUUUCGAGUAUUUUGAUAAACUAAAUAUAUAUUAUAAAUUACUUGAUAUAUUUAAUUUACGUAGAGAUGAUUUAUCAGCUUCUAUUAAAAUGGCCUAUACCACAAUGUUGCUUGAUAUUAUUGGGCAUGACAGCGGUAGAAAAUGGGUAAUAAAUUCAGGUGUAUGGAAAGAUGUAGUUAAAUUUGCUCAAUUUAAUCACACAAUGUAUGUGACACGUGAAAGUAAUAAAUUUAUAUAUCAAUUGCUUAUAAAUGAAUCUCAAAACAUUGAAUUAUCUACUGAAAUAAUAAAAGUUGUGUCCGAGCCAUUGAUAAAUGACACGUAUGGUAUCCAGGUGCACAGCGCACUAGAAGAUUUGUAUUUGGAUCAAACCCGAGUACUGGCAACGACACUUGGUUUAAUAACAAGCAUUUUGGAGAAUACGUUGUUUAGUAGCUUGGAUAACACGAUCCCUAAUUUAAUUGAACAAAUAACAAAUCUUGAAGUACGUGUAAAAGUACUACUAGAAGCUUGCAUCAGUACAAAGUUUCUACAAAACAUUCACAAGUUAUGGGUUCUAUUGUUUUUUUAUAAAAUAAAAUCUGGAUUUGAAAAAAAUGAUAAAAAUGAAACGAUAGUUAAUUCAGAAGCUUGGAGUAGAUUUCGUGUUGCUUAUUGCUACUUGCAAACUUUAUUUAUAUCGAAAAAUUAUAUUACUGAAUUAGUUAGAACGAAUAAAUUUUCGUUGAUCUAUUGGAAAAAAUUACAAGCGCUUGAGGCAUUUCAUCCACCAGAACUUAGACAUAAAUUUGAACAUCAAGUUGUGGCAUCUAUGGUGACUCCUUUGUUGGUAUGUUUAAAGAAAAGUUAUAAGAAACAUGAUAUUUUUGAAAUGUUUGUUCAUAAAAUGUUUACAAUAACUUGUCAACCCAUUCAACGACUGGCAUACGAGGCUAGAGAUGUUAUGCUGAAAGAGGAAUUACCAUUAGAAUUAAUAUGUAAAUCUUGUAUUGAAAUGUUACUCGAAAUCGUUGAUUUGAUGGACAGAGAUACAGCAGUGAUAGCAUUCCAAAGUAUGUGUCACGUAUUAAAAAAUUAUGUGGCAUCUGAGACUUGUAGCAAUCAAGUGCAAGAUGAUGAUAAUUGUGAGCAUGGGAUGCCGCAGAUGCUAAAUAAAAAUACAAAUGACAGUAGUCCUAUUUUGCUAUCCGCGUUACUUCAAAAUAGUGACAACUAUCAUAAAGUUCAGAAUAGUAACAGCGAUAAUUGUUGUCCAGUUACAAUAAAUAACAAAUCGUUGGAUCAUUUGAAAAUAAUUACACGAAAGUCAAUACUUGAUGGUGAUCCAAUUGUCGAUACUCCUGUCUUACUUUCAACUUUGCUGGAUGGAGUUGCGGUAAUGACAGAAAAGUUUCAAUUCAAGUGGUCGGAUUGUGUUGAAACCAUUUGUGUUUUGGCUCUUGCUCAAGAAAUUUUAAAUCACUCUGGAACAUCACCUAAUCUUUGUGUACGAGCUUUAAAAAUAUGUAGACUAGCUAUUAAAAAUUUCAUGCCACCAAAUUUAGCAUUGCUGGUUAAUGGAGAAAGUCACAUGAAUAAUAUCGGGCCAACAUUAUACAAAAGAUUACACGAUGGCAAUUGGGAAGUUCGCGAUAGUGCAUUAGAAGUAUUACAUGUUAUUGCUAAUAUUUCAGAGACCACAUAUCCAGCAUUCCAAGAACUUAUUCUUACAAAUAAAUUACUACCUCUCGUUACCGAUAUCGCAAUGAAAGACGGAGAGAGUUAUGUUCGGGCAUCUGCACUUAAAUUUAUUGCCAUCACCGUUCGAAUAAAUAAUUUGUGGAAUAAAGAAUUAUCGUCAUUAGAUUUAUUUGAUAAAUCUGUUGAAUUAUUCUGUGAAGAAAGUGAAGCUAUUGUAAGAAAAGAAGUUGUGAUAUUAUUAAGAGAAUUAUAUGUUUACAGACAAUGGCCAAGUACAGUACUUGACACAAUAAAUCAUACGAUGGUAGUAGCAGCAGUAUUAGAUCUUCAUUGGGAAGUUAAAAUAAAUGCCCUAAGUUAUUGGCAAGAUUUUAUAAAAUUUAAUUUAACUGAACAAGGAAUGCUUGAUGGUGAAUUCCCGAUGGUGACAUUCUCAAAGGAGCACAAAAAAAUAGUACAGCUUACUGAUGACGAAAUAAAUAAUCGAUUAAAUAAAGCUCUUGACAAUAUGGCUAAAGAAAAUUGUCUCGGGGUAUUAUUGGUCACAUUGGAAGACGAAAGUGAUUUUGAAGUAUCGAAACAUGCAGCAGACAUAAUAAAUGAACUAAAACGUCUAUUAUUAAAAUACAAACUCAAUCAAUCAACACCAAACAAUAAUUCUUCUUACAGUAGUUCAUGUAACAGUAAAUCAAACAUUCUAUGUUCAACAAAACCCUCAGCAUCAGGACCAGAAACAAAUAGCACUGAUAAAGAUUUGUCGCGUAUCAUAGAUGAUAUUAUUGACUCAAAUGACUCGAGCUUACUGGCGACAAUGUACAAAAAUUCUUUAAAAAUGAAUGAUGAGUGUGAAAUGACAAAACGUCAAGCACUCGACCGUAUAUCUAAAGUUACCAGAGAGCAAUUUUUAUCCCACAUUCUUAAUUCAGACAUCGAUGCCUACAUUGCCGAGAGACGAAACUGGUUAAAAACUUAUACCGUCUCUUUUGAUUCCAUUCUCGAUGACAUUUUAACAGUUUACGCAAAAAAUGAUACUAUUUCAAUGGACUGUUACUAAAUAAUUAUAAUAUUUUUAAUUAAAUAUUUAAUUUCAUUGUUUUUUAUUAAAAUUAUUAUCAUAUCGAAAUUUAAAAUCAAAAUGUUUUUAUACUACGCUUCGAAAAUAAAUAUUUAAUU